GAUGAAACUCGAAGCAGGAAGCAACAGAGUAUCAAGCUACUGGUUGGAAACACAUUUGUGUCAUGUGAGUAGCCAUGACAGAAACCGCUUUCUUUAAAUUAUUUGUGGCAAUUGUGGUCACAUUCAUUUUAGUCCUGCCAGAAUUUUUCAAGACACCAAAAGAAAGAACACAAGAGCUUGCCUGCUGGGAAGUGUGUUUACUACCCAACCACACAUAUCUUCUUUCCUCCUUCAAUUUUUCUUCUGUGAAUUUUCUGCAACUGGCAGAGGAAACACAGACUGAUAUGGGACUCUUUCCAAAUCACUCUAGUUUCCAAAGCUUCAGUGAGAUUUGCAAAGGCAUCACAAGUGGAUUUCUGAUGUGCUCCUUGUGUUUGGUUUGCGAAUCUAAAGGAGACAUGGAUUUCAUUUCUCAGGAACAAACAUCGAAAGGUCUUAUCACAAGGGGAUCAGUGGGAAUGAAGGCAAAUGACUUUUGCUCACCCUGUCAGCAUUUUAAUGUCACGGUUGCUCUUCUGGCUGACCCUAUGAAGGAAUACAACACUACCUGUACCCCUGAAUCCCACCCUGGAAAAUCUACAAUUGUAGAAGAAAAUCCAACCAGGGGAAAUUCUCUAAACCACACUUGCAGAAUUAUGCAAAACACAAGUAAUUGUACUCAUGUCUGCUUGCACUUAGCGAUGGAUGUGAAAUCUGUCACUUGUUCCGUGAAGAUCACUUGGUACAUUUUAGUGAUAUUAGUGUUUAUGCUCAGCAUCAUCCUCAUUAUCCACAAAAUACUUGAAGACCACAGGAGAAUGCAGAGGUGGCAGAGUCAUAAAUACAAAGCUACAUCCGUUCUCUUAAGAGGAAGUGACUCUGAGGAGCUGAGUGCUUUGAAGAUGAGGGUUAUUCCAGAGUCCACUCGAGGGCGGCCAUUAACGCAGGUCAGGGAGGUGCUUCCCCCAAUACCAGAACUUGAAGUCACUUCUGCAGGUCACCAGCAAGAUCCAUACACAUGGCUAUCCUUGGACAAUCUGGACCAAUGACUUUGAAGAGUUUGGGCCCAGCUGAGAAAGUACUGAUAGGUGAAUGGCAGCGAUGAGAUCCUGGUAGAUGAGAGUCAACUGGAGAGUGUCUAUCUGACCCACGAGAUCACAGGGACAAGAGUGUGUCAAGAGCUAUGUGAGCCAAGGAAGACAAGCUUAUGGAGUCCAUGGGAGAGUAAGAGAGUGCUUACCUUUUCCACCCAUCUGUAUCCUGCUCAGUGUGGCCAAGAGUGACCUAGGAUGAAAUUCCCCUUACUCAGUUAUGUCACAGGUGCAGGAUGGUUUUUCCUACACAGAUGGACAGUUUCUAUUCGGUAAAUUACAUAAGAGGGCCUGUGUAUUUGUUCAACAUUUGUUUACAUUUAUAAAUCUUGCCUCUUUUUGGCAUAAGACUGUUUUUUUGUUUUUUGUUUUUUUUUUAAUUCAAGGACACUGAAAUAAAAACAACUCAA